ACGACAUUACGUUUCGCGUUCGAACGCGUUAAAUUCGAUUUCAUUCGAUGAUGACAAAAUUUCGUAACGGAAAGAGCUUUGAUUUUUACGCGAGUUUUAUGAGAAUCGAAUGGGAAUGAAAACGAUUAAGGACGAUAAAAACGAUUAGCAUAAAAGAAAAUUUGUAAAGAAAGGGAUAUCUACGAGUGACAGGAAUAUCUAUGAUAAUGAGCUAUACCGGUGCCGGUAGUUGCGCGCGUUUCUAUCCGUUGAUAUCGAUGCGGAAGUGUCAAUAUAAACUGCGUGUAUAAUGCGUCUCGUUGAUCGAAUUUUUCAUUAAUUUUUCGUUUUAUAUAUUCGUUAUCGUUUUCUUCGUCAUAGAAAAAAUAGAACCCGAUCGAAAGAAUAGAGACACGCGAUCCUCGAUCACGAAUAGAUACGAUAGAUAUGACGUGCUAUACACAAUUUAAUUCGAACGUUUGUAUAUUUAAACGCACGUACGCGUGAAAAAUAUUUAACGAGUUAAAUCGAGGAGGAGAGGGUGUGUGUAAACAUUGGACGCACUGAGAAUAAGAGGAAUCGAUACGAGACGUAUCAAGGAGGAACCACGUGUGUGGCGGACGGAAAGAAGGGAUUGACGACCGAUUGGAAUAGGAAAUAUCGAAAAGUAUAUAUCCUGAGGGAGCAGAAUGAUCGACCCGAGCUCGUCGGAGUCGGAAAGCGAGGAGGACCAGAGUUCUCAACACGUCGGAAGCGUCGGUGGCGGUAGUGGCGGAGGCAGCGGUGGAGCUCGCGCAGGGAGCGGUAGCUCGUACGGAUCCCGGCGACAGAUUGGACCCGGAGGGAGCCUCGCCACCGCGAGCGGUCCCGUUUCGGGCAGCGUGAGCUCGUUGGCCUCCCCAGGAGGCUCGAUCCACGGACCGAUCGGGACACCUCGGGCUGGCGGGGGCACCGGCCAGGAUGCCGACGCAUCCUCCUCUCUCUCCGCGGCGAGAAACUCGUUAUCGCCGUCGAUGUCUGCCGCCCAGGAUGCGGCUAGUUACGCUCAGAGACCUACCAGCCCCUCGCCCUCCGUCGCCAGCGAGAAAACCGAAACCGAUCUUCAGGAUAAACAGGAACGAGAGGAAGAGGAAAGGAAGACCAGGAUACAACUGUACGUGUUCGUGUCGAGAUGCGUUGCAUAUCCGUUUAACGCCAAACAACCGUUGGAUAUGACGAAACGUCCGCUAAAAGUGACCAAGCAACAACUUGAAACGAUAUGUUCUCGUUUCCAGAGUUUCCUGAAGGGAGAAACGCAAAUAAUGGCGGACGAAGCGUUUCGAAACGCCAUACAGAAUUACUACGACGUGUUCCUAACGUCGGACCGCGUGAUGCAAAUGGUUCAAAGCGGCGCUUGCUCGCAACUCGACUUCCGCGAGGUGUUCAAGGAGAACAUAAAGAUUCGUGUCCUACGCUUCCCGGAAAUCGACGGGUUGAGCAAAGAGACUGUGCUUACGUCCUGGUUGGCCAAAUUCGAUUGUAUCAUGAAAGGCACGGGGGACGAGGAGACCAAGAGGCCCUCCAGGAUGCAACAACAGUCUUUGAUCUCGGAGAUGAUUCUGCCGAAGGAGCAGCUUUACGACAUGUUCCAGCAAAUUCUUGGCAUCAAGAAGUUCGAGCAUCAGCUUCUGUUCAACGCCCUCCUGUUGGACUCAGCCGACGAACAGGCUGCCGCCAUCAGGAGGGAGCUGGACGGUCGCCUCCAGAAGGUGAACGAGAUGGAAAAGAAUCGCAAGCUUAUGCCCAAGUUUCUCGUAAAAGAGAUGGAGUCGCUCUACAUCGAGGAACUAAAGUCGUCUAUCAAUCUGUUGAUGGCUAAUUUAGAGUCGUUGCCAGUCUCGAAAGGUUCGACAGACAGCAAAUACGGGCUGCAGAAGCUGAAGCGCAAUCACCGUCGUGAGCGCUCCCGCUGCCGCGGUCAGGGUUCCCUCGUUAAAUUGGAGAGCGACUCCGCCGACUCGGAACCGCAGCUAACCAAAAUGGACGUGGGCCUCACCUUCCAGCUGGCCGUCGUGGUCGUGGAGGUCAGGGGCCUGAAGAGUUUGCCACCCAACAAGAUCGUCUAUUGCACGAUGGAGGUCGACCGCGGUAAAAAGCUGCAAACCGACCACGCCGAAGCCUCGAAACCUAUGUGGGACACUCAAGGCGAUUUUACCACCAUGCAACCUCUGCCGCUGGUCAAGGUUCGACUGUACACCGAGAAUUCGGCGAUGCUCGCGCUCGAGGAUAAGGAGCUGGGCAAGGUGAACCUACGACCUACGCCGUUCUCGUGCAAACAUCCGGAAUGGUAUCGAAUGUCUGUGCCGAAGAACUGCCCCGACCAGGAGCUUCUCAUCAAAGUCGGUUGCCGGAUGGAUAAACCGUUCAACAUGAAGCAUUGCGGCUAUCUUUACGCGAUGGGCAAAUCCGUGUGGAAGAAAUGGAAGAAACGGUACCACGUGUUGGUCCAAGUUUCCCAAUACACGUUCGCCAUGUGCUCGUACAAAGAGAGAAGGAGCGAGCCAUCCGAGAUGAUGCAACUGGACGGGUACACGGUCGACUAUAUCGAACCGCUUUCGGCCAAUCUGAUGGUCGGCAUGGAUUUAGAUGACGGAAGAUUUUAUUUCAACGCCGUUCGCGAGGGGGACAAUAUAGUGUUCGCCGCGGACGACGAGAACGAGUGUCAAACUUGGGUGAUGGUCAUGUACAGGGCGACCGGCCAGUCGCACAAACCUACCCCCCCUGUAUCCGUGGCGGACAAAAAUUCCACCAUCAGCAAGAUACAGGGAGACGCCGACCGGGCGAAAAAGCACGGGAUGGAGGAUUACAUCAGCGCCGAUCCCUGCAAGUUCGACCAUCACGCCCUCUUCAAGUUUUUGCAAAAUUUGGUUCUCGAUUAUCGAUUGAACGAUCCCUACUGCUCCCUCGGCUGGUUCUCACCCGGCCAAGUAUUCGUUCUGGACGAGUAUUGCGCGAGAUACGGAGUUCGAGGAUGCUUUCGACAUUUAUGCUACUUGAACGAUUUACUCGAUAGAAUCGAUCGCGGUUUAAUGAUCGAUCCAACCCUGAUUCACUUCAGUUUCGCGUUUUGCGCCACUCACGUUUACGGGAAUCGGACGGAUCGGGUCGGAUCCAUCACCCACGAGGAGAAGGAAAAGUUUCAGGACAUCAAAGAGAGGCUCAGGCAAAUUCUCGAGGAACAAAUUACCAAUUUCAGAUACAGUUUCCCUUUCGGUCGGCCGGAUGGCGCGUUGAAGGCUACCCUGUCCCUGUUGGAGCGAGUAAUGAUGAAGGACGGGGUGAGCCCCGUUCCCCAAGAAGAGGUGAAGACGUUGAUCAAGAAUUGCCUGGAGAAGGCCGCCCUCGUCAAUUACACCAAGCUCUCUGCCGAGGCGAAAAUCGAGGACGAUUUCAGCGGUGAGGUUUGCGUGCCGCCCAGCAAGAAACUCGAGGAUCUCAUACACCUCGCCGACAUGUGCGUCGAUCUGCUUCAACAAAACGGGGAGCACUAUUCGAAGGUUGUACCGCAGGCGUUCGCCUGGUUUAGCGAUCUUAUGGUGGAGCACGCCGAGAUCUUCUGGUCAUUGUUCGCCGACGACAUGGACAAAGUGCUGGCCGAACAACCACGGGAUACUUGGGACAGUUUUCCACUGUUUAAAAUCUUGAACGAUUAUCUGAGGGAAGAUGACAAUUUGAAGAACGGUAGAUUUCACCAGCAUCUUCGCGACACUUUUUCUCCGAUGGUGGUGCGUUACGUGGAUCUGAUGGAAACGUCGAUCGCGCAAUCGAUCUACAAAGGUUUCGAGAAGGAACGUUGGGAGAUAAAGGGGAACGGUUGCGCGACUUCCGGCGAAUUAUUUUGGAAAUUGGACGCCCUCCAAUCGUUCAUACGGGAUCUCCAUUGGCCUGACCAAGAAUUUCGCCAGCAUCUGGAGCAAAGGUUAACGCUGAUGGCUUGCGACAUGAUCGAGACUUGCAUUCAACGAACGGACGCGGCGUUUCAACAAUGGUUGAAGAAAGGAGUAACUUUUAUCUCCACCGAUUACAUCAUACCGUCGGAAAUGUGCGCGAUGGUAAACGUAAUACUCGACGCGAAAAAUCAAAGUUUCGAACUGUGCACCAUCGAUGGCGUCGACGUGCACCAAUAUCACGCGAAAAUCGACGAUUUGAUAGAGAAGACUUCGGCUGCCAUGACCCAAGGAAUGAUCAACAAACUGGUCACCGUACUCGAGACGACUUUAUCCAAAUUGUCCCGCUACGACGAGGGAUCCUUCAUAGGCUCCAUUCUCAGUUUGACGAAGGUAUCGGGAAGUGGGAAAGAAAUGGGACAGGCCUACGUAAGCUUCACGAGGAACUGCAUGGACCAGAUUCGUGGCAAAGUUUUGGACGAAUUGUGGAUUUUAACGUUCUUCGAGCAAUGGUACACGGCGCAAAUUCAAAUGCUGUGCACGUGGCUCUCGGAGAGGCUCGACCAUAGCUUACAUCUGUACCAAUGUACCUGUUUGGCCCAUAUCGUAAAAAAAAUUUACUCAGACUUCGAGUUGCAAGGUGUUAUAGAGGAAAAACUCAAUUCGACGACAUAUCAGACUAUAUCUAAGAGGAUGCAAACGGAAGAAGCGUCUUGUGCCUUAACGAGCGUUCAGAACGAAGAAGGUCUUUCGGAGAACGGUAACGAUGACGAGGUAGAACGACCAAAACCAAAGGUAACGGUCGUGGAAACGGUCAACAGCGAGGACGCGAAUAUUAUCAGCAACGUUACUUCGAACGUUGUUGAGAAAGUUGGGAGCAUGUUUGGCAAGGGCAUCGGUGGCUUUUCGACAAAGUUUGGUGGACCUAGCUGGUUUUGAUCAUUCUUUUUAUAUUAUUUUAUCACUAUUGUUUUAUCGUCGCUGGUCUCUUUCUCAUUUUUAUCUUUUUAUCUUCCUUUAUCCUUUUUCAUCUUUCUUUCUCUUGCUUUUAUUUAAAUUAUUUAAAUUAUAAUUUUUAUUGAUUAUUAUUAUUAUUAUUAUUAUUAUUCCACGUUUCUCUCAUCUUUAUCAUCGUUAUCAAUCGUAAUCGAUUAUUAUUACUUUAUUUU